AUGCUUUAUUUCGAAUCAUGCGGACUUUUAGCUUUUUUAAUUAAAGAAGUCGUCAAGCGAGCCUUUUUCAAUAACUGUAAAUGUGAAAUUGAUCCUCCAGGUGAUCGCGGCUUAUGCGAUUUGAGGCCAUCGUCACCGGUAUCGGCAAAAGCGGAUUCUGCUAUCGAUGCUCUCAUAAAUGCAUAUUUUAGUGGAAAAAGCGAUGGUGAUGUUCAUUGCAACGGCUUUUCUGCUCUAUCAGAGGACAAAAGUGCACCUUCGAGGAAGGAUUCCAUAGCUUCUUGCGGACGAAUGAGGAAUAAAGAGUGCAGAAUGGGAAAUGAUGGAGUUGGGAAUGAUGAUGGAGCUCAUGCUAACGUCAUCACAUUUGAAGAAAAUGGUGCCAGUGCUGGCAGCGCGUUGGAAAUCCUGCAGUGUGCUCUGGAUGCGUCUUCCGAUACAGUUAAACCGAAUGAAGUAAAACAAGAGGCCGUGGAGAAGGAGGGAGCGCAGCUGCCUUGUUGCAGUUCGACUAAAAACCAUGACAGUGAACUUUACUUGCUGCCCACUGAUGUAUCCGUGGAAAGUAAAGUGCUUUUCAGCCCCUUCACAUCUCACGAACCGACACGUGAAAAUUUCACACAGGAUGAGGUAUCUGCUGCGCUACGAGAGCUCAAAAUGGAG